AUGUGUCUUAGGUUGUGGCGCCGAGUUGGGACAGAGACUCGACAGACAACUCUUGAGGUCAUCUCGCAACCGGUAAAGGUCAAGAGGUUCGUUCUUGCAGCCUCUUUUUUGUUGAAGCUAACCGUCGGAACUUCGUUCACAUUUCAAUUCUUCCAUUUCUACAAAACGAUCUCUGAAGGCGUUAGUCACGAUUAUAUUGCCCCAUUUUGUCAAUUAUUUGUCAUGGCAACCAAAUAUUUAUGCGCACUCCAUCUUAUGACUGGUUUUACGGCUUUACAGGCAAUCUGGCCGAACAACGCCAAACUCGUCGGUCGCCACAUGUCGAUCCUACAAUCGGCCCGUCCGUGUGGCAGAAGUGUUUGUGGACGUUGUGAAAAUCGCGAUAUUCAACCUUUAUCACACAACUUCGGCUCAGAUCACACUUUCACACCUCCACCGGCGUCAACAUAUCACGAGCACGUGUGCCAAUUGUGCAUGCUUGCCAACAAACUGAGACCGAGUGAAGAUGAACUGGUCGUCACACAAACUGGACGGCGGCAUGCUCGAAUGCGCGACCGAAUGCGUCGGUAG